GCGUGAAUUUGGCGGGGGAUGAUGCACCACCACUUUAAGCUCUGCGCGUGAGGCAUGAGCUCCGUUUCCUGCGUCGCCUCCGCAAUCCGCCCCGCCGCGUCCCAAAACUCUCUCCUCCAUAAGCUCGGCUCCUCCCUCCUCUACUCCAAGCCCCACCGCCUCCGCCGCGCCCUCAACCUGUUCGACGAAAUGCCCCACCGAGGCCCCGUCCCCGUCCUCACUUCUCAGCUCCACACCCUCGCCGUCGCCGCCGCUCCCAAACCCUUCGCGCUCUCGAGCUCCGUCGCCGCGUGCGCGAAGCUGCGCGCGGCGCGCCCCGGCGCGCAGCUGCACGCCCGCGUCGUCGUCUCCGGGCACGGAUCGAACCCCGUCGUUGGCACCGCGCUUGUCGAUCUCUACGCAAAGGUCGGCCGGCUCGACUCCGCUUCCGCGGUCUUUCGUUCCUGCCCCGCGAAGGACGCCAUCAUGGUUAAUUCGAUGGUUUCGGGGUUCGUCGGCUUCGGCGCUCGCGAGGCGGCGCUCGCGCUCUUCGUGGACGCAAUGAGGGGUUUUGAUUUCCAGCCCACGGAGUUUAGCUUUAGCUGCCUGGCAAAGGCUUGCUCAGAGAUGGAGAGAGGGAUCGGAGAGCAGAUUCAUGGGUGUGUUGUGAAGGCCGGGUUCGAUGCUUGUUGCUUUGUUGCGACUUCUCUGCUCGACAUGUACGCGAGCUUUGGAGACGUCGAAAACAUGGAGAUUAUUCUCGGCAGCGUAUUGAAUCCUGAUAUUGCUUUACAUAAUGCCGUAAUUGGCGGGUAUUCGAGAAAUGGGUAUAACGAGGUUGCGGUAGAGUAUUUUCGAAAAGUAAUUUUGGUCGGUUUGGAGCCGAACGAUUGCACUUUAUCCGGAGUGCUUAAAGCAUGUGGAGGUUUAAAGUCUCUUCGCAUUGGGAGCAUGAUCCAUGCGGCCGUGGAGAAGUCUAGGUUUCGAGGAGAUUUGGUGGUUAAUACCGCAUUGAUCGAUAUGUACAUGAAGUGCGGUGAUGUUGCCGAGGGUUCUAAAGUCUUUGAUUGGAUGUAUGAGAGAAACACUGUUUCAUACAAUGCAUUGAUUUUUGGAUAUGGGCAAAAUGGAAAUUCCGAUGAGGCGGUAGCGCUGUACGUUGACAUGAAGCGUCAAUCUUUAGUUCUCGAUGUGGCUACCUUUGUUGCUCUGUUGUCUUCAUGCCGGGGACAUGAGUGGAGCCUCUUUGUCCAUGUAAUUAAGCACGGCUUUGGAUCAGAUUUUAUGGUUAAUAAUGCACUUUUAGAUGCUCUGGUAAAGGUUGGAUCAACUAAGGAUGCCCUAGAAUUUUUUGACAAGAUGGGAGAGAAAACUGUGGUCUCAUGGACUACAAUUAUUUCGGGACUUAGCCAUCGGGGUCUCCAUUCGGAUUCUAUUGAGCUUUUCAAAACCAUGUGCUCUACAGAAAUUUGUCCUAAUAGUUUUACUUUCUCGAGCGUCUUAAAUUCGUGUGGGUACCUAUUAUAUCUUGAGCUAGGAAGAUGCAUUCAUGGGGCUAGCCUAAAACAUGGCCUCAUGGAUGAGUUCAUCGGUAGCUCUCUUCUUGAUAUGUACGCCAAAUGUGGAGCUUUGCACUACGCUCGAAGAUUGUUCGAUGAAACAAUCAACAAAGGCAUAGUCUCUUGGAACACGAUGAUUACUAGCUAUGCAAGGCAUGGAUAUGGGCAUGAGGCUUUAUUCCUGUAUGCUGAGAUGCCGCGUUACAAUGUAGAUCCAAACCCUAUCACUUUCAUAUCUCUUCUGACGGCAUGUAGUCGUUGUGGGCUAGUAGAAAAGGGAGUUCAACUGUUUAAUGGAAUGCUCUUGAAGCAUGGAAUCGUACCACACAUGGAGCACUAUGCAUGCUUGGUCGAUUUGUUUGGCAGGGCUGGGUUGUUGGAUAGAGCUAAGCUUUUAAUUAGUGAGAUGCCAUUUGAGGCUGAUGCAUCUGUAUGGGCAGUAUUUUUAGCUGCUUGCAAGAUUCAUGGAAAGUGGGAUGAUGCAGAAAAUGCAAGGAGGAACAUUGAAACAAGUUCUUGGAAGAAGCCUGGGUUAAGUUGGGUUCAAAUUGAAGGAAUAGCUUGACAAUAUUAUGAGGUUCGUGAUCUUGAAGGUGUAAUGAGAACGAUGUUGGCAAAAUUAACCUCUAGUGGGAUUUGCAGAUCUCAACUUAGAGGAGCAUCUAUACAAAAUGUACGAAUCCAGAACGCCCUCCGCCAAAGCGCCUGGAAAAUCCAAGCUUCACCCUAUGUGGCAGUCCCCUCCUCUCUUGCACUGUGAUCUGUAAUGAAGACGUGGGUGUUGGUGGCAACUGCGGCGGACUAUGCAAAGGUUCUAAAAUAGAGGCCCGCUGCAUGAGAGAGGGCACACGGAACGGCGGGCUUAGCAAUGGCAUGCCAAUGUGAAUUUCUUCCACCAAUUUGGAGUUUAUAGGUAUAUGACCAUUGGGUGUUAUAGAUGAAGAGGAGGAGGCGCAGGCGAUGCCAAGGAAGGGGGCGGAGGAGUACUCGGCCUCAACCACCAUCGUCCCCUUCAAGCCGCUGCUCCGGCUCCUGCACGGCCUCGUCCCAGCCGCCGUCGUCGAUGACCCAGCCGCGAGGUCCUUCAUCCUCGUGUUCGACCAUGCCCGAAGCUGGAGAUUGGCUUGUCGCGCUGCAGAGUCCAAGGUUCAGGAGCAGCGCAAGGUUCGUCCGUAGAGUCCAAGGCACGAAAAGGAAGAAGAGACGCGGUAGGAAGAUGAAAAAGCAUAAAGAAGAAGAAAGCUACGGUUGGAGAGGCGGCUACAAAAAUUCCACAAAAGCUCUCAAGAGGAGAUGAGAACAAGUAUAGGAACAAGCUUGUUCCAACUUAGGGUGGGCACAACAAUUCCCACCCCUUAACAGGUUAUCCCAGGAUAAUCUAGGAUAACCCGUUAAGGGGUGGGAACAACAGUUCCCACCUCCCCCAAUUCUUGUUUGGGUAUAAAGAGGGCAAUAAGACCUUAUUCCCCUCUUUAUACGUGAACCAAACAGAGUGCUAAAGUAGAAGAAGAUUAUAGCUUUAGCAGUUUUGAAAAAAUUGAUAUUACUUAGGUCGUAAAUGAAUUUGGUACUUAUAGUAUUAGUAAAAGAAAUCCAAAUACUUUUCUUCUGUAAGUACCAGCAUAUAAUGAGUCUUUUUCUUAAUUCUUUUUUUUUUCUUCUUUUCAGUUUCUGUUGCUUUUUUUUUUUGGGGGACUUCGUAGAAGUCUUCACUGAGUUGUUAGUGUUCUUUGGAUGCUUAUUUGUUAUGAAUUUUCUACUGUUUUUUUUUCUUCUUUUCUAUUUUCCUUUUUAGAGAAUUAUGAUGGAUAAAUAUAUUAUUUAGCUUCUGUUUCAAUGCUGAGAGAGACAAAAAUACUAUAACUUAUGAAUUGUUCUGAAACUUAGACAACUAAACUGAAAACUUGAUUAUGUAGAGAGCUGAUUAGAAAUUUUGACAAGCAACAAUGCCAAAAGUUCUUCAAAUCCAAAUGGGUUUUCUGACUUUCGUUUGUUCCAUUCUUGAUACCCUAAUACUCCAAUCUCAGGGACGCACAAAAGUAGAGGCAAUAGUAAGUUAACUGAAUUUCGUGGACUCGUUUUGUUGUUGAUUUAGCAUAAUAGGUGCAACAGUGCUGCCUCCUUUUUACUUGGUUCAAUUUUUUUACUCGCAUGUUGUCUCCUUUCUUUUUUUUUUCCUACAAACUUCCUGCUUCUAAUAAUCGAGUACUGCAAUAUCAGUCUUUUUACUGCAUCCUUCUUUACUUGAGCUCCUUUUCUUCUGCUUUUGUCUGUAUCUUCCUUUCCUUUUCAAACGCGAUGAAAGUAGAAAAAACAAGGGGCUGAAAUUUGGUUUCUGUGUUUGAUUUUUUGUUAAACUGUUUUUACAACAUAUAUGGUGUCUCCUCCUUUUCUUCCACAUGUUUGUUUACUUUUAUGGAUGAGAGUAAGGAAGAUAGAAAUAUAUGGGAGAGAAUAAUAUUGAGAGAUGUAUAGAAAUACAGCACAAGUAGGCAUAUAACCAAUUGUUAUUACUCAUUACAUCGCUUAAUCGCAGGGCCUACCUUUCUCCAAAAUGCGGAGAGCAUUAUAUGCAGGGGAAAUUUAUUGUUUUGGGGUUGUAUGGAAUCGAGAAGUCAGAAAGCGAGGAACUCGUGAGUUUUGUGAACUCGACUUAGCCCCUGAUCCCACCGAAGUGAAAAGGUUGAUCUCUGUACAAUUGUGAGUAGGAGUUUGGCUGAUCUCAUGACUUCGGUGCCGAAACAAACACUAACGCCGUUGACUUUUUCGAAGUCACGAGUUCAACCUCCAUGAUUCAUAAAAGCAAACAGGCCCCUUAUUUGUUUAUUUUUUAUUUGUUCAACCUCCAUGAUUCAUAAAAACAAACAGGCCCCUUAUUUUUUAUCUCCGGUGACCUUGCGGCCUUUGCUUGGCAAGAAUGGACAGUCUCCUCCUCCAUAGGCAACCAUUUGCAGCGAUUUCUUGUGCUUCAGGACAACACACGUCAAAUUUUAACGGUGAAAAAGCAGGUUUUGCCAAUCUCAUCAUGGUGCUUCUGAAUUUUUGCAAACUAAUUGCUUGCAAGUCAUGUUUAACAAUGCAAUCUAAUCACAGUGAUUUUAUAGGCUUCAGAUUCUUCAACUUGAAAUUUGACGGUACCAAAUUCUCAGAUUGAGGUACGAUUUUUGGAUUAAGCAUGUAUUUACAUAUAGACCAAGGUGUAUAUAGUUAUGCCAUAUUAAUUUAAAGUAGUGUGCAGUUUUUUCAGUA